UCCAAAAAAUCAGUUUAAGUUGGUAGGGUAUAGUAGAACAGUUACAACACCAUAACGUCCUAUAAAAGCCUGUAGAUAUAAACAUAUAUAUCACCAAACCCUCCCCCACUCCAUUCAUUGCUAUUCGAAUUCUUUCAUGGAAAACGUUGGAGAAAUCAACCAAAACUAUUGGGAAUCCAUCCAUCAACUCGAUGAUUACAGUUGGGGCGGGUUGGAAGAAACUUUUUCCGGCUACUACGAUUCAAGCUCGCCAGAAGGAACUCUGACGACUUCCAAAAACAUCGUCACCGAGAGGAACAGGAGGAAGAAGCUGAACGAUAGGCUCUUUGCACUUAGAGCAGUCGUACCCAAUAUUACUAAGAUGGACAAGGCAUCAAUAGUCAAAGAUGCGAUUGAUUAUAUUGAAGUGUUGAAUGAUCAAGAGAGAACGAUCCAAGCCGAGUUAACUAAACUCGAGUCUCGGAAAUUAGAGCUCCAGAAUUUGGAUUUGUCACCGAUGAAGAAACGAGUUGAUUUGAGUGGAUCAAGGAUUGAAAUACUGGAACUUAAUGUGUCAUAUGUGGGAAACAAAACAAUGUUGGUGAGCCUAAAAUGUAGCAAAAGAAGAGACACAAUUGUGAAGCUUUGUAAGGUGUUUGAAUAUUUGAAUCUCAAUAUUGUCACUGCCAACAUCAAUGCUUUUCCAGAAAGUCUUUUCAACACACUCUUUGUUCAGACGGGAUGAAGAUGGAGGACAGAGCUCGACGGGGGUGGGCGGCAUGGUGUUGGCUCUGGCGACGGACCGGGGCCCCACCUGGAGGAUCGUCCUGAACGUCGAAGAAUGGACGUUGAAGACGGGGACGGAGCUCAGGACGCCAGGGGCGGCAUGGUGUUUGCUGCGGCGCCGGACCUCAACGUCCCCCAUACCGUGUAGCCUAAUCAACUGAACCAAAAAUUAAUUUUUUUAACGGCGAAUUUGAGGAAACCUUAUUGUGAGAAUCAAACUCAGGACCUAAUGAUUGCUAAGCCUUAUUUUACCCCUAAUAUACCACUAGGCUAUAAUGUCAUGGGGGAACCAAAUAUUAAAUACUUGAUUAAUGAAAUUUUAAAUGAGUUAAUAAUAUAAAAAUGAUAUGUAUAAUAAAAGAAAAAGAAAGGUGGAAAUUGAGAAAAUUGCAAUUUCGUUCGGACAAAAAAGUCGUUCGAAAAGAAAAAUUCAUCCAAAAGUAUUUAAAGGCUCAUUUAAAAAAAAUAUUAACUUAAAAUCUAAUAAAAAUAAAUCUGUACUAUAUAAUAAAGUAAAUUUACAGGGGAUACGUGUCAUAUUACUAUACAUCCUCAAACCUGU